AUGGGAGUUAGACAUGUUCUGGGAACGGAUACGAUUGUUCAGGAUAUAGAAAGAAUAUUGAAUUCUUUUUGGUGGGGAGGUGGCAACAACAAUGGAGGAAUCCAGUGGAUGGCCUGGGAAAUAUUAGCUUGUUCCAAGAAGGAGGGAGGGUUAGGUUUCCUAGAUUUUAAAGCUUUCAACAUGGCCAUGGUCGCUAAACAAGGGUGGUCCUUGCUCUUGAAACCAAAUGUGCUUGUAUCCAGAGUUUUCAAAGCAAGUAUCGGUGAUGGUAGCAAUAUCAGGGUUAUGCAAGAACCUUGGCUCUGUGGUGGUGGUGGUGAAGGUAGUAUGAGUGGUCCUCAGCAUCAAGGUGUGUAUGAUAUUACUGUUAAAAAUCUUAUGAUGCCUAAUGUGAAACAGUGGGAUACAAAUGUUAUAAGAAACCUCUUUGACGAUGCAGAUACAACUAAAAUCUUGCAUGUACCGUUGUUGGAAGAGGUUAAGCAAGAUAGGAUGAUUUGGAAAGAGCAUGAUGGUAUUUAUAGUGUGCGCACUGGUUAUAAAGUAUGGCGAAAUUCAUUUAGACGACAAGAUGAGGUCGUAGGGGAUGAGGAGUGGUGUAUUCUUUGGAACAUAAGAACUCCGCCUAGAGUUAAGCAUCAGUUGUGGAUAAUUUGUAGGGACUGUCUACCAACUCGUGCAAGACUCAGACAUCAUUUUAUUAUGUGUAUGUUAGCAUGUCAAUUAUGUGAUAAUCAUACUGAGGAUGGUUGGAAUUUGUUUAUGGGAUGUAACCAUAAUGAAAAAGAAGAAGCAACUAAAUUGGGGUUAUGUGUGGUUCAUAGGUGGAACGAUUGGUUCCAAUCUCAAGAAGACACGGAGAACAAUGCUCGAUCCCAUUAUGUUCUUGAUUGGCGUCCUCCAUCAGUGGGCCGAUUAAAAUGUAAUAUGGAUGCGACUUUUAAUAAUAACAAUGACACUACUAAUAGAGGAUGGUAUGUGCGAGAUCAUCUUGACCAUUUUAUUUAUGCAGGUGUUGCUUGGGAUCCUGGAAUUCUUCCCAUCAUUGAAACUGGAGCCUUAGCUCUCAAAGAGUCCAUUCUUGAAGCUAUAUAG